AUGAAGCUCACUUUGUCUUUUAUUUUUGUCGCCAUCGCUUUGCUACAGGUGACGACGGCAUCUCCUGUCGCUGAAGUAACAGAGGUCAAGAAGCGCGACCAGAAGAAGUUCGCGUAUCUUGUUGCCAGGGACCUCUCUGAUGCCGACGAUGUCCAGAGUCACGGCCGAAAGAAUAUUGCCUAUUCUGUUGCUGAGGAUCUCUCUGAUGCUGAAGAGGUCAAGAAGCGCGACCAGAAGAAGUUCGCGUAUCUCGUUGCCAGGGACCCCUCUGAUGCCGACGAUGUCCAGAGUCACGGCCGAAAGAAUAUUGCCUAUUCUGUUGCUGAGGACCUCUUUGAUGCUGAAGAGGUCAAGAAGCGCGACCAGAAGAAGUUCGCGUAUCUUGUUGCCAGGGACCUCUCUGAUGCCGACGAUGUCCAGAGUCACGGCCGAAAGAAUAUCGCGUAUUCAGUUGCCGAGGACCUCUCUGAUGCCGGAGAUGUCGAGAAGCGCGCUGAGAAGACAUUCUCAUACAUUGUUGCCGAGGAAUCCCGUGAUGUCGAAGGUGCUGUUGAAGGCUGCGAGAAGGCGAACGGCAAAUCAGUACUUGUAUCACAUAUCGCACAAGUUUCUCACCCAGACUCACCAUGGUCUACCAGAGCAGUCCCGAUCGAAAAGAACGACGUCGCUCUGUACGUGCUUUUGGAGGAAGGAUGGGGAUUGCCAGGCACAAUGCUGAUGUUCUCGAGGUAUCCUCAAAGUAUAGAGCGGUGGGAAGCAAAUUCUGCAAAUCCACUCACUCGUAUAUGCGUACGCAUUUUGGACGCCUCCAUCGAUACCGCCAGCAAAGCGUCGAGCCCUUCCGUCUAGGUCUUUUCAGGAACGAAAUUCACAGAGCGAUUACCACAGUGAAAGUCAGGGAUCUGGCCACUCUCAAUUCUUGUGUAUUCGGAUGAGUCAAGACAGUUAGUCAGACACGAGGAGAGUUGAAGCAGGGUGGAUCGAGUAUCACAUGCCACAGAGGGAAAGCUCAGCUCUUUUGGAAUUGGGCCCUAGCGCAGAAGUAUACGGCACAGAAAGGCUAAAUCACGACGAACGUUAUUCGUAAUAACCCCAGCACAGCCUGCAGGGCACCGCGUCUUAACUGGAAAAACUAAAACCAUCGCGCCACAUUCCUUAGACUAUCACAUAAAAGAGGUUCAGGCGUGAUGACUGGGCCUAGUCGAGGUGGACCUCCGAGGAUCUAUACACCGCAAAAAUGGCGCCAGUGGGUUUGGAACCAACUCCAGGUGAAACAGGUUUUGACUCUGUUAUGAUAACCACUUGGUUAAGACGGGUUAUAUAGACCUCUGAGGAAACUAUCCAUG